AUGGCCGGCGGGGAUAGAGGUCCAACCAAGCGCAGCGCCAUGGACAUCAAGCGUUUGGCCAGCCUGAUCCAGAGGGGAGCGGGGCGGCUGCUUGUCAUCGACAGCAGGACGUUUUCGGACUACAACGCGUGGCACGUGCAGGGGGCCAUCAACGUGUGCUGCUCCAAACUGGUGAAGAGGCGUCUGCAGCAGGACAAAGUCUCGGUCACUGAGCUGCUGCAGCCCAACGGCAAGGUCAAGGUGGAACUGGGCCGGAAGCAGGAAGUGGUGGUUUAUGAUCAAAGCUCCAAAGAAGCGGGGCAACUGUCCAAAGACGGCUUUAUGCACAUUCUCAUGGGAAAGUUGGAGAGCACCUUCUACAAAGUGUCUCUGCUCACAGGCAGAGUCAUCGCCACGCUGGAGUGGUACAAUACAAAGUGUGUGAUGGCGAUCAGGUGUCGUGAGGCUUCAGGUGUCUCUGUUUUGAUUGGACACGCUGAGGUCAGAAAGUGCACGUUCCUGCUGUGCGCUCCCACUGUUCUCCUUCAAAGCUGCAGCUCUUUGGCCUCUCCACCCCGUCUGACCUCGUCUCCAUUACAGCGCACGCAGCUCCGGCAGAUCAAUGAUUUCAUUGAGAAGGAGCCAGUGGUGCCAUUACGAGGUGAGCUCACCCUCCUCUGGGAGCGUGGCCACAUUAUUCUCAAUGACCUGGCCAUUCCUCGUCACUCAUUACCUUUACCUCUUAGCCACUUAAGUGUCUUCCCCAUCUCCUCCUCCUGUUUCUCUGCUUCUCUUGUGUUUCACGCUGUUGAGAACAGAGCUCUAUUUUUAGUGCCAGACUCCUGCGGUCGUCACAUCUGGCGCCAGUGGCCCCGGUGCUCUCACCCCUGCCCGUAG